AUGGUAUUUAAGCAUAUGAAAGAUGCCAAGAUUAAUUAUAUGAUAAUUCUACUGUUUUUAUGUCUCAGCAACUGCCAAGAGAUCAAUGAUCUUGCGCUAGGAUCAAGCGAAUCAAUUUUUCAAGAAUCAACUUGAAAAUAUUUUAAAUUUACUGGCGAUUUUACCAACUCAGACUAUACUGAUACCUUUGAAUUAUUUUCAUAAUUUUUUUUUUAUUUUUAUUAAAUCUCAAUCAUCUAUAUCAGAAUAUAUAUCAAUAGAGCUUCACCUACAGUCAUCAGCUGAAAUCAUUUUUUGUGCCAAAAUAGGAAGCAUCCCUACUGCUACAUCAAGCCAUGUCAAUGCACAUUAUUUUGAUUACGAUGGGUGAUAUUUAAGUACAAAAAAUCAGAAUUUAAUUAUCCCAACGAUACACAAUAUUUAAAAUGGCAGCUAGGGAUGUACUGAUCCACCAGGCUAGACCCAUAACUGAGCUUAUUGAGAGAAGUCAUAACUUCUUGAGAGUCUCGGCUUGAAGAGAAGUGGUCUGUGCUGAGGCUGGCACCGACUAGAGAAGUCUAAAAAGGGCUUAAUAAAUUAACAGUUCGAAGUUUAGGCUUAUUCACCUACCGUGGUUCAGAUCUGUUAUUGUAACUGAACCUCAAGCAAAGAAGACUUAGAAGGCACUGAAUUCACAAGAUAAAUUCAUUAAGCUUAAAUUUAAGCUUAAUCCCAACGAUAGAAAUUGACGAUGAUCUUUUCAUCGGAAUUUUUUCAAAUAAAACAAAUGGGAUUCAUUAUGAAUUAAAUUCAUUUUCCUCAUCCACUCAGCCUUGCUAUAAUGGAUGCUCGGCUUAUGGGCAUUGCAGUGAUGGAGUCUGCUUAUGUGUUUCAGGUUAUGUAGGAAGAGAUUGUAUUUUUUCAGCUACAGAUCUGUCUAUUAUUGAAGACAAUAGAAUCAUUAUAAAUGCAAAUGAUGUUGGGUAUGCAGCAUUAACAUUAUCUGAAUUUAAUAUAUAUUUGAAAAAAAAAUAUGCAUAAUAAUGAUUGCUGGAUAGUAAUAUAUUUCAUUAGAAAAUAGAUAAUAUAUAGCUAAAAUAACAGGAUAUUUAUUCAUUUAACUCCCCCCCCCCCUCCGUGAGCGAACAAAACCAUUAGAAAAAUCGCCAUUUUUUGACCAAAAACCCACCCUCCGUGAGUGAACAAAAAAUUUUUUUAAUAGAAAAAAUUUUGAUAUAUAAGUGAUAAUUAGUAUAAUGAAAUCUAGAGCUAAUUCUGUUUAAUUUUAAACAAAUUGCGUUUUAAAACAUAAAUUUUGCAAAUUAAAUUAAUAUUUGCUUCCCAAUUUUUGCAAAUUAGGAUUUUUUUAAAUUUCGAAAAAAUAUAUUUUUUAUAAAAUUUAUAUAUAAAUUUUUUUUUAAAAAAAAAAAAAUUAACCCCCCUCCGUGAGUGAACAAAAUUUUUUUGUUCGCUCACGGAGGGGGGGGGGAGUAAGAAUAAAAAAUUAUACAUGAGUAUUUUAAGCAGCGCUUACAUCUUUUUAUAUGCAAAGCCAAAAACGACUAAUGAUGACAGUGCUUUGCCAAGUCCUUAUGAAAAUAGAAAAAGCAAAAAAGGUUUGCAAUUUGAUUUUGUAAUCAGCCAAGGCCACUAUAAUACUUGGUAUUUUGCUAUUUAUAAUCCAUGUGAUAGUGCAGUUACGAUAAAAUGAAGUAUACAUGCUUCAGAAGGUGGCAGCAGCAGUCAAUAUCUUCUUUAUAUUUUAAUAGUCAUUUCAGCAGGAAUUUUAGCAGGAUGGGUUAUUUUUGCAAUUUACAAAACACGACAAAUUAGCAAAAAAAAUGCUGCAAUAGGCCCUGAGCCUGCUAUAAGUAUUGAUUUUAUAAAUAAAAAUUUUCCCAAAGUAGCCUUUAAGGCUAAAAAGUGUGAAGAAGCUACAAGAAGCUGCUCUAUAUGCCUACAACUGUAUAAAAAACAAGAUAUGAUAAGAGAAUUAAGUUGUGCUCAUAUUUUUCAUGCAAAUUGUAUAGACACUUGGUUCCAAAGUAACACAGUUUGCUGUCUCUGUAAAAGGGACUACAAACAGAAUAUGACUAUGGAAAAUGAAGAAAGUCGAAUUGAAGAAGACCUAAAUCUUAUAGAAUAUAAAUUUUUUGGGCUAAAAUUAAAAAAAAUAAAUUUCAUAAAAUAAUAUAACAAGUUGCAGUGAAUAUAAUAUUUCUACUGGUUGCGAUUAUCAUGUAUUUAAAUAGUAAAUAAUACAAUGGUUACAUUUAAAAAUGCUUUUAUUGAUUUUAUUAUGUAUAAAUUUAAUAAUUCAAGAGUAAGUGCAAAUGCUACUCAAUGGAUCGUUGAAGAGCUUGAAGGGCCAGCUGUAACAACAGAGAUCCAUGAACUAACAACUUUUAGAAAUCAACAGAGAAGCGAUACAUAA